GGAUGUUGCUAGGUAGUAUGUAUAAUAGUUAAGAAGACAAUGAAAGGCUGCUGGUUGCUAUUGAUUGUUGUUCGGUUAGUCUUUGGAGCCACCGCAAACGUCACCCUUGAGCACGCGCCAAGAUACCUACCCACCAGCAGUGCCGCUACUAUAAGGCUCCUCCCAUUUGCUCACACAUUUUGGUAACCACAACAACAUUUUGCCAACUCCCUUUUUUCUCCCUCGAAGCAAAUGCUCUUGCCCCUAUCGAUGAUUGGGACGAACCUCCUCCUGAUCACCAUCUUCGGCACCCUGCCACAGCUUCCAGCUCCUCUCCAAGCCAUUGUCGCCCUCUGGGGAGCAACGCGACGACUUCAGCAUGUCCGGAUGGACAUAGUUUCGCUGCCUGCUCGUUGCUUCCAGUCAGAUUUUGCUAAAAGGGAGACAUACCAGCCAACGUCUACUAAGUUGGCACCAGACGGCUAAGCAGACCACGGCUUCUGAGGCACCGCAACACGCGCUGCAAACAAGUAGCUGCGGCGCAUCCACCUGAAGGGAAUAGGAUGAAACAGCAGCGCAAUACCGUUAUCUCAGCUGAUUGCUUGAUUGGGGCAGAGGUUUACUCCAAGGACAACUGAAGCAGAGGUGGCGGCAACAAAGUCGUCGAAGGCGCUCAACGCAGCCUGACGCGCAACCCGCGAACUUUUUUGUAGAUCAUCCCCUAAGCAAAGCCAACACCAUCCUCCGGGACGCAAACGAUGCGCGAGAGGCCCGUCACCAACGAAGCACACCCAUCACACUACGCGAGUCUCCUUCAAAGCAUUGCAGUCAGCGAAGGCUUUGCUUGCUAUGACUUAUCGGAGGCAAUAGGGAUGGUGGUUGAAUCCUCUUCUAGAGCUUGUGAGUACGGAUUGUAAACCGCG